GAGGGCUACUUCCGGUGGCUCCUCCCUUCUUCUCCGUCGACUCCCAGCUUGUUCCUCUCUCUGCGGCCGUCGAGGGAGGAAGAGAGGGAGAGAGAGAGAGCCAGGGCCGCCUCCGCCUUCGCCGCCAUGGGCUGCACCCUGAGCGCCGAGGACAAGGCGGCGGCCGAGCGGAGCCGCAUGAUCGACCGCAACCUCCGCGAGGACGGCGAGAAGGCGGCCAAGGAGGUCAAGCUGCUCCUGCUGGGUGCUGGAGAAUCUGGUAAAAGUACCAUUGUGAAGCAGAUGAAAAUCAUUCAUGAGGAUGGCUAUUCAGAGGAAGAAUGCAAGCAGUAUAAAGUGGUUGUCUAUAGCAAUACUAUUCAAUCUAUAAUUGCAAUAAUAAGAGCAAUGGGACGACUAAAGAUAGACUUUGGUGAAGUUGCCAGAGCUGAUGAUGCCCGCCAGUUGUUUGUACUAGCUGGAAGUGCAGAAGAGGGUGUCAUGACGCCUGAACUAGCAGGAGUGAUAAAGCGAUUAUGGAGAGACCCUGGAGUUCAAGCAUGCUUCAGCAGAUCAAGAGAAUAUCAACUUAAUGAUUCUGCAUCCUACUACCUUAAUGACUUGGACAGAAUAUCCCAACAGAACUACAUUCCAACCCAGCAAGAUGUUCUGCGGACCCGAGUGAAAACAACAGGCAUUGUGGAAACACAUUUCACCUUCAAGGAUUUGUACUUCAAGAUGUUUGAUGUUGGUGGUCAGCGCUCAGAACGUAAGAAAUGGAUUCACUGCUUUGAAGGAGUAACAGCAAUUAUAUUCUGCGUAGCUCUCAGUGAUUAUGACCUUGUUCUUGCUGAGGAUGAAGAAAUGAACCGUAUGCACGAAAGUAUGAAACUCUUCGACAGCAUUUGUAACAACAAGUGGUUCACAGAUACAUCGAUCAUUCUUUUCCUGAACAAGAAAGAUCUGUUUGAGGAAAAGAUAAGGAGGAGUCCACUAACAAUUUGUUAUCCAGAAUACCCAGGUUCUAAUACAUACGAAGAAGCAGCUGCAUACAUUCAGUGCCAGUUUGAAGAUCUCAAUCGAAGAAAAGACACCAAGGAAAUUUACACUCAUUUCACCUGUGCCACUGACACCAAGAAUGUGCAGUUUGUUUUUGAUGCUGUUACAGAUGUUAUAAUUAAAAACAACCUGAAGGAAUGUGGACUCUACUAAAUGGAGAGUGACCAUGAAAGAUUUCAGGAUAUAGUGUUUUAUGAACUGGACUGUUUAUUUGCUGCCUCGUGGGACAGCUACAAGCAUGAACAGGACUGGGGAAUGAAAACAGCAUGGAAAAUCCUUGCAUUCUUUAGCACAAUCAUCUGUACUAGGAACCUUUUUAUUGGUAUGGGAUGCUGAAGUUAGAAUCCAAAAAUCGGAACUACUGUUAAGUGUGGUGUUUUGAUCAUCUAAGCAUCACUAUUAUUGCAAAGUUUCAUAAAUGUACAGCUGUUACGAAAUUGAUAUCCCAGAACUUCAAUAUGUAGCUUUCUUUCUUUAAUAAGCCACUUCUGCGCUGUUUUUAAGGGUUUUCUGUCAAAACUGUAUCUCAACUAAAUUUUAUUUCUGUAUGUGCAAACAGUCUUGUUUUAAAAACAAACACUUAACUAUGCACAUGUGACCAGAUCAUGCAGAAAGUAUUCCUCUUAGCAGGAACCUUUUGUUUUUAAACCUUGGUGUGGUCAGAACUUAAUAUUACUGCAAUUACAUAAAAGGGCCUUAGAAUUCUUAUGGCUAAAGCUGUGGCUUCUUCUGAUGUCUCCUUUGUUACCAUUCUGCUUACAUACACUGUAAGGCUUUCUCCCUUCCCCCAAAGAUAGAUUUCAUGUAGCAGGGUGACAGGCUUUUCCUGAUUUAAAAAGUUGGGGAGGGUUAGCCUGGUUUAUGCUGAUUACCAAAUCUCAGAGUGUGCUGCUGGUGUAGAAGGUGGAAAUCUGAUUAUAUAAACUGCCCAUGGUGGCUUCCAAUUGAACGGUGAGUUGUCAAAUUCCAAAUAGGGGGGAGAGUAUGUGCUGCUGCAAAGCUACUUAAUUGACCACUUAAUUGUUUGUGUGUGUGUUUGGUCUUAAAUCAGUGGGGAAUUUUGUAGACGGUGCAAUUUGUUCUGCAUUUACCAGGGCCUUUCAUCUUCAGAGAUUUUGAAACUGUGUAUUAAACAGCAUGCCUUUACUUUGUAAAUGUGGUGCCAAGUUCUUGUUUGCCACUGUUUUUACUGUAGUGAUGUUCUUAAGCAGAGUCAGUACAUUACUUUGCUGAAACCAUUACACUGAAACUCUUUUCCAAUUUGUCAUGUACAGUUUCCACCUGAUGUAGUUAUUGGCAAUAUUAAAAUAGUGAGUUAAAAAUCUUAA